ACUCUAUUCAAGACAAAACAACUUCAUCCACAGAAUUUGAACAACGCGCUACAUUCAAUUUGUCCAAUCCGACAAUCAACGUAAUCGCAAUUUAGUUCGUUCUAAAUCACCAAAAAUUAUCGCUGCCCACAAAAUAAUUUUGAACCCUCAUUAUUUCCUUCAUUUCAGAAUAUUGUUGGGGUUUCCUACGGACGAUCUAUCAACUAGAAAAAAAAAACCACCGCUAAAAGUGCAUAAUUCUUGUGAACACGAAAAAAAUCGAAAUGUUGAUCCUGAAAGAAUCAGUCGUGAUAGUUUUGACUUUAAUCAGUGUUUUCCUUAAAUUUUCUGAAUGUGCGUCUGUGAAAACACGCGAGUUUACCACAAGGGAGGUAGAAGACAUCAUCCUCAAAUACCUUGACACCAUGUACUAUAAUACUACGAAGAAUCCACUCUUGAAGGACCAACCUUUAAGCAUCAGGAAAAAAAACGGUGGAUUCGAGAUAAACUUGAAGAAAACCGCCGAUCUAUACGAUACUAUGCAGGGCGAUCAGCCUGUAGAUGGGGAAAAUAACGUGGAAAACGAACAAAAACCAUUGAAUUCCACUGGCAAUACAACGGACAUAAAUGUUCUUCAGGCAUCGAGAAAUAGAUUUCCUGUUAUUGACGGGGAGGAAAGGUCUAAAGACAACUGGAUUCAACUGUUGAAGAUGAAUAUACUACAGCAAGUCGGAAGAGUGAACACCUCAGAUGCAAGCAAAAAUUCUUUAAACUUGACACAAUUAUUCCCUAACAACUCUAAUGAAACCAAUCCGUUGGAAGAAUUUAUUUCGAAGAAAAUCAGGACAUUCUACCCUUCAUGUUCCAUUCCUGAAGCUCCUUCCCAAGAGUUCAGAACUGAAGAGAAAAUGAUGAACCUAUACUUCAACUAUACGCAAGAUGAUCCAAACAAUCAGAUAGGCGAAGCUACUUUGAGAUUGCACGCGCUUAUCCAGAAAAACUCCACGCAUGCAGGAGAGGCGAACUGCAGCCACCAAAUGGAAGAAGAAGAAAAGGUGUACAGGAUUUCCGCUUACUACUAUGUUAAGAACUCGAAAGGCAAGAGGAGAGGUAAAGCUAAGAAACGUCUCUGUGACAGCAGGGUCAUAGCAGAAAGUAGCAGAUACGUGGAACUGAAUAUGGCAAACGCAGUCAGGGCCUGGAAUAAUGAACAGAAUCUAGGUCUGGCUGUCGAAGUGGAAGACCAAGACGGGAAAUUGAUGAAAACGGAGAAAUACUUCAUGGGACCAAGUUGCUCGGUGGGCGUCUCCACACCAAAACCUAUCCCAAAUAUCAUCCUGGACAACGCCGCCAGUUCGGAACAGUUUUUCAGACUAUUGGGAAGAAAUUCAACAUCGCCCCUUACUGGUAAUAUACUACUGUUACCCACCCUUGAGGUCUGCACCUUGGGAUUACCAGUAAAUCCUCCUAACAGUUCGAAUCUACGCAAGAGAGACUGCAACCUGCUGCAGCUCCAAGACCAGACACACAAGGUCUUAGAAAAGGAUAAAUUGGAGAGAUUGGCAACCCUGACAUCAGAAUUGAGACCCUCAAUGGCUUCGACACAUCGCCAUUUGAGGCAUCAAAGGAACUACCUGGAUGAGAAACUUGCAGAAAGUGACACUAAGAUAUUGAUGACCAAAGAGCAGGUGCUUGCAUUAUUUCACAAAUUGAAUAUAACUAAUAUACGUACUUGAGCGCUUGUUUUAUGUGUAUAAAAAUUUAAGGAAGAGAUUUGAACAUGAGUCUGGGAUAAACGAAUGAUUAGUGAACAUUUGUAAUUAAAUGGAUUACUUAUUGUUUUGGGAAUUCUAAUAGCCAGAAAAUCCUUACCCUUCUUGAGGGUCAAUGCAUAUAUUGUAUCUACCCUUGAUGCUCCUGAUAAUUAUUUGUGGAAUUUGUUUCAUAAGCAAGAUACUAGAAGAAACUUCCAGAAAUAAUGGCUUUAGUAGUCCAAGACUCUUGAUCACCUUUUCUCUCAACUUAAUAGGGAAUGUAAGACUGUUUUAAGUAUUUGAAAAUGUUAAGGAUCCAGCAUUACUUAACUACAGCUUAUUUAUUCUAGUGGAAUUUGUAACUUAAUCACAGAAAUUCAUUAAUCUUUACUCGUGAACUGGAUACGUUGAUAGUUGAUAUAACUCCAAAUUGGCGGAUGCGCUAAAAUCAAUUCAUAUCAACUUCAAGAAUAACCUCAUGCCCUAAAAAUACUCAGAAAGCAUCUACGAGUUAUUCACUUCGAAUAGUCUUUUUCUCAAUUCAAUUGUAAAUUUUUCUGAAAUUUAUUCUUAUAGAUGAAUAAAUGUAAUGUGCAAGUAUGUAAUAGUUUUAGAUUUAUUAGGUACAUACUACUAGGUUUAAAAUCUCCUGAUUUGUGAAGAUAUAAUGUCUUACUAGUUUUCUUCACGUGGAAGACACAUCUUGUAAAUAGUUUCUAAUUAUUUUUUUUGACGAAUAAGAUGAAAUUAGUUAAGUUUUUAUUGUAGAUAUUUAUAUUUGUACCUUCUUUAAGUCUUUAUGUUGAUUUUAUAGAUUUAUAUUCCCAAUAGAUCGUUAGAUAUAUUGAAAAUGUAUCAUAUCCUUAUAUUGUAUUAAAUUUGUUUAAUAAUUA